ACUAAAAAACAGCGCUUCUGUGAGAACGAUGCCCAAAGUCCGCGACCGAACGCGAAUCGGCCAGGAGUUUGCUGUGCUUCCGUGGCAGCAGCGCCAUGAUGAAAAAGAGAUUCCUGAGGACGCGCUGUACUCGGUACAGAGCGUGAACCUGUUCGCGCCAUCUGGGACCCAAUUUCCUCGCGAGGCAGCCCUAGCAGACGCGAAACCCAGCGAUGAGGACUUGACUGAGGAGCCAGAUGACGAACCGGACAGCGGCGGAUGGAUAAAGAAGGACACCAGCGCAGAGCCGACCCCGACUCGCCGACGUGCUGCCACUCAGGCUGCGCGGCCUACCGGCGCCCCGGCGUCGGUGCUGACAAUGGUGCUCCACGAGCCCGCGGCGACUUUGCAGUACACACCUGGGUCUGGAGGCGACUCCGACCUUGCCAGUGGCUCAGACGCCGAGACGCAGCCGCCAGAACAGGAGGAGGAGGACGGGGUGGAGGCGGAUGCAGCUGACAGCCUUGAGCCGCAGAGGCCGCCGGAGCUGCUGGGUGUGUGCCAGCUGGCCAUCACGCCCUCAGGCCGUGGCAUGGGGCACAUAGUCAUCACCGGGCGUCAUCACCUGGGCGUUGCCGGCGGCGCCCAUGCCUGUGCCGGCGCCGCGAGCCCCGCGGUGCUGGUGCUGGGGGUGGCCACGCAGCCGGUGGCGGCCACGGAGGAGCUGGACCCCUGCUUCGCAGACGAGUCCUUCGACCUGCUGCGGCUGCGGCUGACCCACAUGCAGCCCGGCGCGCGGCAAGCAGCAGCAGACUUGAAUGAGGCAGGGCCGGGGCCCGGCUCGGCGGCUGCGGCGGUGGCCGCACCGGCAGCCAAGCGCGGCUGUAGCAGCGGCGGCAAUGGCAGCGGCAGCAGCGGCGGGAGGAGCAGUAGCAGCAGGGGCGGGGGCCGGGCCAGCAGCGUGGAGGUGUUGGUGUCACGCACGGGCGGGGACAUGGCGCGGCUCAUGGCGCCGCCGGAGGAGUGGCUGGUGAGGCGGACGCUGGGGGACCAUGCCCUCGCGCUCAUGCGGCAGCGGCAGCAGACGCGCGCGCAGCAGCAGCAGCGACAGCGGGAGCGGGAGCAGCGGCCUGGCAUGGGCGGGGAGACGGCGGAGCGGGAGGACGCCGAGGCAGAUGAUGAGGAGGAGGGGUACCGGCGGCACCAGGCCGGUGCUGGCGGCUACUGCUACUCCAGUGACUCGGAGGGCGAGCCGCUGCUGGACCCCCGGCUGGACCCCUUCAUCGCGCAGGGCCUGGGGCUGGCGUCAGGAACCAGGGCCGCGGCAAGGAGGCGGCGGUGGCCGGCAGGCGGCGCAGGCGGCGGAGCAGUUGGAGGAGGCGGUGGUGCAAAGUCCCCGCGGCAGAGGGGCCGCGGGGCUGCCAAUGCAGAGGCCAAGGCUGAGGCCGGGGAUGCAGAUGACGGAGGUCCGGGCAUGGCGCCAGCAGGGGAGGGGAGCGGGGGCCGCGCGGCGCGCGUGAAGCGCCAGCGCACAGGUGCUGGCCGGCCUGUGCAGCGUGAGAGGGGGCAAAGCGAGGAGGGGCAGCAAGGCGAGGAGGAGGAGGAGGAGGAGGAGGAGGAGGAGGAGGAGGAGGAGGAGGAGGAGGAGGAGGAGGAGGAGGAGGGGCGGCAAGGCGAGGAGGAGGAGGAGGAGGGGCGGCAAGGCGAGGAGGAGGCGGGGACCACUGCUUCAGAGGAGGACGGCACCGAAGCCGGGGACGACGCCGACGAUGACAGUGACGAUGACAAUGACAGCGAGCCGGAAGCCGACAUCCAGCUGAGCUUCCAGCCGGAGACACUGCUCAGCGGCGGCGCGGCGUUGGCACGGAUGGCGGACUUUGCCAGGCCGCUACUGCCGCGGCGGCUACGGCUGGCUGCAGCUACUGCGGCCGCAGCUGCCGGGCCUGCAGGCGUGGAUGUCAAGAGGGAGGGGGAGGCAGGCGCGGGAGCGGGAACGGGAGCGGGAGCGGGAGACAAGGGCGCAGAGGCGCGGGGCGGGGCUGGCGGUGUACCGGCAGCAGCUGGGGGGCAGGAUGGGGCUGGGGGCUGGGCGGAGGAGGACGGGGAGUGGGAGGAGGCGGUGGUGUGUGUCGGCCCAGUGCGUGUCCGGGGGCUGCCGCGAUCAUGGAGGCGGUGCUUGUAGCUGACGCUGUCGACACUGCGCAUGGUAGCGACCUAAGGGCUGACCUACAAGACUGGAGGUUCAUGGUCAUGCUUUCAGGCCGUUGGUGACGUAGGUUAAAUUUCAGGAUUGCAAGAGUGGCACGCGCUUUGACGGAAGGCGAUACGAACACCCGAGGCUUCUAUCAGCAUGCUGUACUCCCAGCGCCAAUUACGCUGCACACUACGGGAGCACGCAAACGUGCCCCUUACCCUGUCUCAACGCACGCAAAGCGUGUGACCCGGCUUCUCAUGAUGAAUUGGUGGCAAGCAAUAUUGUAAUACCUUAAUCUG